UUCUUCCUACACAAGAAAAUUAUACUUUUUUUGGAAAGUGUUUACUGAAGUGGUUUACUGAAGUGGUUUACACCUAAUAUGGUCAAGAGGCCAAAUCUGUAAAGGUAGCUUGAUGGUGUGAUAAAAUGGGAUGGCUACAAUGACUGGAUAUGAAUCCAUACUGUUCUGCUCCAGUGGAAAUUACUGCCUUUGGUGACCAACUUCCAAAGCAGAGAUGGUAUGUAAGGUGAAAAAUGUGCAACGUGCCUUGGGUGAAAGAUGCACAAAAGCAUGCAUCUUAUUAAAAGGUUCUCCGUUAAUACUUCAUUUUAAAUGUGGAGUCUGUGACUAGUCGUUUAUAACAAGAGAAUAUAGGAGCAAAGAGGUCCUUCUGCAGUUGUACAGAGCCCUGUGUGCAGUUUUGGUCCCCUAAUUUGCGGAAGGGCAUUCUUGCUAUUGAGGGAGUGCAGCGUAGGUUUAAAAGGUUAAUUUCUGGGAUGGCGGGACUGUCAUAUGCUGAGAGAAUGGAGCAGCUGAGCUUGUACACUCCGGAGUUUAGAAGGAUGGGAGGGCAUCUCAUUGAAACAUAUAAGAUUGUUAAGGGAUUGGACACGCUAGAGGCAGGAAACAUGUUCCCGAUGUUGGGGGAGUCCAGAACCAGGGACCACAGUUUAAGAACAAGGAGUAAAGCCAUUUAGAACGGAGACGAGGAAACACGUUUUCUCGCAGAGAGUGGUGAGUCUGUAGAAUUCUCUGCCUCAGAGGGCGGUGGAGGCAGGUUCUCUGGAUGCUUUCAAGAGAGAGCUAGAUAGGGCUCUUAAAGAUAGCGGAGUCAGGGGAUAUGAGGAGAAGGCAGGAACGGGGUACUGAUUGGGGAUGAUCAGCCAUGAUCACAUUGAAUGGCGGUGCUGGCUCGAAGGUCAGAAUGGCCUACUCCUGCACCUAUUGUCUAUUGUCAUAGUCUUGUCGAAUUGUGAAUAGUCUUGCUGAAUUAUUUUCACUGAGAAAGAAUCCCCACCCCAUUCCCUUAUCAUGUACCUAUACACUGUAAAUGGAUUGAUUGUAAUCAUGUAUUGCCUUUCUGCUGACUGGUUUGCACGCAACAAAAAAGUUUUUCGCUGUACCUCGGUACACGUGACAAUAAACUGAACUGAACAGAACAUCUGUUUCCGGAAAACGAACUUGCCAGGCGUUAGUGGGCACUGGAGUCACCACAGUCGUGUUAGUGUUGUGCACGGCGGCGAGCGUUAGGACCCAGAGGACAUCCCUUUUACCCCGUGUGGUGCGAUGAGUUGGAAAAGGACAGAAAGGAAUCGAGGAGACAUCAGUGUGCGGCUGCGAUUUUUACACUGGUUUGGAAUAUUAUUUGAGCAGCUCGAAAGGAUUAAAACAUAAUAACACGGAAGCAGCCCAGUGUGCGAGGAUUACCAGGAGGAAUAUGAGAUGGAAAUGGUUAUUUUGUAGCCAGGGCGGAUGCGGAGUGCACUAGCAGAGGAGGGAGCUCGCCGAGUUCGGGAUUAAAAAGGAACGUCGGUCUAAAUGGGUCCAGUCAUGCCUCCCAGCAAGAAGCCAGAAGGCUCGGGAAUUAGUGUUUCGAGCGGACUGAGCCAGUGUUACCCGGGGAGUUCACUAACCAAGGCACUCCAGGAGGUGGAAGAGUUGGACAUAACGAGCAGUUGCUUGCCUGCCAUCUGUUUGGAAAAAGUGGCCAUGGAGGACGAAGAGUUAACAAAUCUAAACUGGCUACAUGAGAGCAAGAACUUGCUCAAAAGUUUUGGAGACACAGGACUGCGUAGUGUCAGUCCUGUUCAGGAUAUUGAUGAUGAUACUCCUCCAUCCCCUGCUCAUUCUGACCAGCCCUAUGAUGCCAAGCAAAACCCUAAUUGCAAACCCCCUUAUUCCUUCAGCUGCCUCAUAUUUAUGGCUAUUGAGGACUCGCCCAGCAAACGCCUGCCUGUUAAGGAUAUAUACAACUGGAUCCUAGAACAUUUCCCUUACUUUGCAAAUGCUCCAACUGGGUGGAAAAACUCUGUUAGACACAAUCUGUCGUUGAAUAAAUGCUUCAAGAAAGUGGACAAGGACAGGAGUCAGAGUAUUGGCAAAGGCUCCUUGUGGUGUAUAGAUCCAGAAUACAGACAAAACCUUAUUCAGGCAUUGAAAAAGACGCCGUAUCAUCCUUACUCUCAUGUUUUUAAUACACCUCCCACUUCCCCAAGGGGAUAUCGCAGCACAUCAAGUCCACCCCUUUGGCCAGGGAGUGCUUGCUUCAAGAAGAACGGAGCCCUUCAAGAUUCUGAUAUUGAUGCAGCUGCUGCCAUGAUGCUGCUGAAUUCUUCCCCUGAGGUGAAAGGAGCAGAAUAUGCUGUGGGCGUUAUGCCAAAUGGAGGUCGAGCGUACAACCGUGGGCCCUUCAUGGGGAUGAAACCACUGCCAAUUAACACCAUUGGAAGCAUGGCUGCUGCAGUAAGAAACAGCAUUGUAAACUGCCGGAUGCGGAAUGACAGCGAACAGUCCUGUGGCUCCCCGGUUGUCAGCAAUGACCCUAAAGAUGAUCACAACUAUAGCGUGGCAAAAUCUUCCAAUCACAGGAGUACGUCGCCAACCAGCGACUCAACGUCCUCUUCCUCAGCUGACGACCACUAUGAGUUUGCCACCAAGGGCAGCCACAAUGGGAGUGAGGUCAGUGAAGGCAGUUACCACAGCCACGAGAGCUAUAGCGAGACAGAAGACGAGGAGAAAAAAAACAAAAAGGAACCCAAGGAUUCCUUAGCUGACAGUGGGUACUUAUCCCAGCUCACCAAGCGGCAACACCUGACAAAAGCAAAAAAAAACGCAACUGAAACACUGCCACUUAAAAAAAGGCGCACAGAGAAACCACCGGAGAGUGACGACGAGGAAAUGAAAGAGGCAGCAGGUUCACUCCUGCACUUGGCAGGGAUCCGCUCCUGUUUGGAUAACAUCACAAACCGCACUUCAAAAGGGCAGAAAGAGCAGCAACAUUCAGCAAAAAAUUAAGACAGUAAUGCACAGCCUCUUUAAGAAUUGUUGGCAGAAAUUUAUUUUCUUUCAGCACGUCAGGUGAAUUAUAAUGAUUUGUGGCAAUAUCAGCAAUCACUUUGUUUUCCUAUUUUAAGCCCCCUUGAGUUUUUUUUAUAUAUAUAUAUAUAUAUAUAAAUAAUUUUGUUUAAGGAGAUUGAAGCCAUAGCAGAACUUUUACUGACACUCAGCUAAUUUGCAAAAGCUUUUCAUUGACUGACAACAAACGCCAAAAUCACUGCACCUUUUUUUCUUUCUCUUUCUCUCUCUCUCUCCCUCUCGUUCUCUUUCUCCCACCCUCCCUCCUUCCCUCCAUUAUUUCAGUCUGAUUACACAGGUGCAUGCAGGGCUCAUACUGACUUGUAUGGAGUAUGCAUUUGAUUCCCGGGAUGCUCUAAUGUGAAAGGAUGGGUCGUUGACAGACUGUUCUGGUCCAGCCAUGCUGAACAACACAAAGCCUGAAUACCACUGUGGCAAAGAGCAAAUCAUGGCUACUGGACAAAAUGGAAAAUAACAUGUGCUGUGAGAAGACUGUGACGGAUUUGUUGGAGUCAAGCACACGUGGACUACCAGAGGUCUGGUCCUUUGACAGUGGAACACAUAACCAGCAUGUUCUUGGAGAAAACAAAACUGCCGAAUUAAAGCAAGAAAAGAGUCCUGCCGAUGGCCAAUUUCACUUUUUUUUGUCUUCGCAAACGGCGCACACUCUCAUACUCACCAUACUCAAAGCCAUAUGCCUGAUGGAUGGCACUACGUGCAAAGAGAAAGAAAAUUCACCGCCUUUGAAACUGCCUGAGUGAUGUGAAAGCAAUCAAGUCUUGCAAAGAAGUUCAUAAUCAAGUGAUAACAAGUUUGCGAUACUAAUCCAUUCAGACAGGUCAGAAUGCUUGACCUAGCCACGAUGAUGAAGACAACAAAAAAUAAAAGCUCAAAAGCCUGCCAAUAGUAUUAUUCUGAAACAGAAUUGCUUAACAGUGAUAUCAAUGAGCUCUUCCACUGCCUGGAACUGGAGUAAGCAGUUUCUCUCUCAGUCAGGAUAUGUGUAGAAUAAAAGAUUUUGGAAUAUAAGCGAUUUAGCCAGCAGGAUUAUCCAAUCCAUGUUGCAUGGGUUCUUUGAAUAUUUUUUAUUCAAAGACAAAAAAAGAGUUCAUGUAAGGUAAAUAAUGUAUUUAGCAUGAGCAUGAAUUAUUUUCAUAUAAAUAUAGAAAAUAGAGAAAAGGCUAUGCCUCUAAUUUUUAAGCCCUUAGGCCUAGAUUUUUCUUUUUGAUGCAGGUGAUAAGGUUUAACCUUUUUUCAGGGAAAAAAACUGACUGUUGGCGAACUUACUCUGCAAUAUGAAGACUUCACAUUUCUGGUAGGCCUUGGAUGGUUGAAUAUGCCUUGUCUGCAUAUUUGGGCCCCGAUACAGUAUCGUUAAAUAUAAAGAAUAAUAACAGUACCACAAAAAUAGUUCCCCAGGGUAAGGAGGGUAGUUGGGUGGGAGGGGGAAAAAGUCUCUGUUCUCACCUAGUCAGUCAUGAGUGUGCAUGAGUUAUCCAAUCUCCUCAAAUUUAUCUAAAUAUAUUGGGGUAGAAUGAUGUAUUGAAUAUCAAUAUCAUAUAUUGGCAAUAUAUCAUAAAACAGCACCGAGCAGUGCUGGCCAUUAUAGCAAUCAGACAUAAAGACGUCGCCAACCUAUUCUGCUUCUCCGACCCUGCCCUGUCAGACUUAAGUAAAGGAUUGGAUAAACAGACAUAGCCUAAAAGUGCAAACAGAUUAAACGUACGUUAUCUUGGCAGUGUUGGAUUCCUAAUUAUUUAAUUGACACCUCCUGCGUGACAGAACUCAAAAAGAACUCAGAAUGGUCAGAAAGUGACACUGCCCAUUGGCCAACAGCUCAAGUCUGUCGUGGUAUUGCCUCAAAAAUUGGGUAAUCGGCCUUUCUCUGCAUGAUCCUUCCUUGGUAAAAAGUUGUUCGUUCACACUCACUGCUCGACAUUCACCAAAGGAACGCUGCAAAAGGCAAAACCCACUUAUUCCUUUUUUUGUGGGGCCUAUGCAGGCCAGAAUUUAAGUGUAGACUAAUAUUGAUUAUAAACUUAACCCAUUAUUAAAAACAAAAAUCAGUUAGAAUUGUUGUUGUUUAUUGAUAUAAAAAGGGGAGGAGUGGCAAUUGUUUUAUUUAAUAAGCAAUUGUUAUCUUGGGGCGACAUCCAUUAAGGCACUGAACCACUGUGACCAGAAUAUCCAGUAACAAUAGCUAUUAUGGUUUUGAGUUCGUAAUUGACUUGUUAAGGAUUGGUAAUUGAGUAAAUUACUACAAUUGUGCAAAUUCUUGCUCUUAAGGCUUGAUCUUGCUCUUAAGGCUUUAGAAAUCAUGUGCAUUCCAUGACAGGCAGAAGUCUGCAAUGUUAAGAAGGCAAAACACUUGAAAUUAGAAGAUAAAAGUGUUAACUAAAACAUGUAUUAAUCUCUGUGGUAAUAAAUUGAAAUUAACUGCGCAUGAUCAAAAAUAGCCAACCAACACUACAGUUCUUCUUUAGUUAUUCUAUGCAUCCUGCAGGAUAAAACCAGCCAAACAAUUGGAAAGGGUUAGGAUCCUAGAUUCCUAUUUGCAAAAAGCAGAGGUGAUUUCAUCAGUAUUUCUCAUCCCAAACUAAACUGUAAGAAAAGAUUGAUAAUGGCAACUGCAAUAUAAAAAUUGUUUUCCCCUCACAUUUUAACUUGGCAGUUAACCCUCUGAGCAGCUUUCCUGUACUUAUUGGGACUUCAAUUUGACCUACAUGGGCUAUGUAAGGAAAAAAAACAGUUUUUGUCAGUCAGGUUAUAUGUAGAAUAAAAGAUUUUGGAAAAUAUAUGAUGUUGUCAGGUUCUAAACACAGGCAUUAAUUAAUUUUGAACUUGGAAUUACUAAUUAUUUUAUUGGAAAGUUAGAAAUCAGAGCUAGAUUGUGUCUAAAGUUGCCCACUUUUAUCUCUCUUUUGUCAUGCUUGACCGGAAAAUGGGCCAUUUCACACAAUUCACAAUCAAGAUUUAAUCAAAUGUUAUUCUUUGCAUCAUAUCUGUAGAUAAGAUGUACACCCAAUCUUUAAAUCUUGACCAAAUCAUAAAUAGACCCUUUACUGCCAAUUUCAACCCGACAUCAGCCCCUUGUAAGGUGAAACAAUUAGUCUCCCUGCACCACUGGCCAGGAUUCCCAUUCUCGAUCAUGAACCAGUAACUCCCAGUGGUAAUAUUUGCAUUUGGGUGACAUUUGAGGACUCAGUUGGUCUAAACCAGAUUCUAUAGAACCUGAAUUUGAAUCUUUGCUUCAGCAAGAAAUACUGCCUGCCCUAAUGAGGGGAAAGUGAAAUGCUGUAAAAACGGUGUUGAAUCUUAGUGAAGUGGUGAUGGUAAGGAUCCUUUAAGACAUUGGGUCUGAUGAACCCGACAUUGCAGCUAAGAUGCACAUGUGUAAACUUAGGCAGUGUUAAUUGGUCAGAUUACUUUCUAUGCCGACUUGCCCCUCUCUUUUUUCCUUUUGGAAUAACUCAACUAGCAAAUGCCCUACCCCCAACAGCACAUUUAGCACCAGACAUUUGUUGUAUAGGAAAUUAGAAGUGUAAUUCUGUAAAAACCACCAUGUGCCCUGGUGAGAGAACGUUUCAAGUUCCAAUGUGAACAAAGAAAACAGUAAAUAACCAAGAAAAUACCUGAUCAUUAACUGACAGGGGCCUUGUCAGUUUUCAUUCACUGUCAUAAUUAAACUAAAACAAAUGAACUAAAACAAACUUUGACAUUGGCAUGAGAGCACCGUAUUUGUCUGGUACGAACAGAUCCCAACACAAAGUCUUUGCCAAAAAUGAUGGUCGAUUUGGCAGAAUCACUGGAUGAUUGCAGCAAGGGAGAAAUGUUGAGUCUGCACGUAAGAUGGACACAAAAUGUUGGAGUAUGUCAGCGGGCCAGGCAGCAUCUCUAGAGAACACGGAGAGGUGACUUCAGUCAGUGAAGAAGGGUUCCGACCCGAAUCAUCACUUAUUCAUAUUCUCCAGAGAUGCUGCCUGACCCACUGAGUUGCUCCAGCAUUUUGUGUCUAUGGUGCAAACCAGCGUCUGCAAUUCCUUGUUCUUAACAUUGAGUCUGCACUCUCUGUCUCCACUCUUUCCUACAAGGUUUUCAAAGUAUUGCCUUUUGGAUACUUACCAUGCUCCCUCUUGAACCUGACUCUAGAACCUACCCAUUUACUACAUUCCACACCAUAGCCACUUGCAUUUUAAAAAGUUUUAUUUUGCCAAUCAUCUCCAUUCUGUGUCUUCUUGACUCCCUCUACCAAGGUAACAUCUUUUUCUCUUGUUCACUCUGUUCCUCAAGCACAUCCUUGAACAGCAUGGAUGUGACAACUACUGCAAUUCUACCCUCUCAAAUCCAAGAAAGAAUGAAGUUUCCAGAGCAUGGGUCAUAGCUAGUCAUUUUAUUCAUUAAUGGGACAUUGGUAUCACUGCAAGACCAGCUUCUAACACCUGCAUUGCCAUUGAUAGGUGGUAGGCUAUUGCCUGGAAUCUCUGCACUCUCUAUUACAAGCCAAACACCAAAAUAUUCAUAGUGUGAUGUUGAACUAAAGGUCCGCCAUCUCAAAGAAGGGAAAGAGUAUAUUUAUUUGUAUAGGUCAGGACUUCUGGCUGGUUAAUUGUUGCUAUCUUUAGACAUCCAUUUGAUAAAUAUUGAGUAGCCCCAUGAAGCAGUCUUCAUGCUUCUACAUUUUGAGGAAUGAUGCUUAUCCUCUGCUUUUUGCAAUAAGAAACUAGUCCCUCUCUCUUGUGACUUUUGCUCAUAUAAGAUGUAUCCUAUAGAAUGUUGGGGGGUGGGGGAAACAAAUGAAGAAAUGUAGAUUUCUGUCUUUUAAUAACAUUAUCUUUCGGUGAAGUUAUCGCUGAUAAUCCAUAAAUUCCACCUUUCUUUCAAAUCAGGUUCCAGGUUAUUUGGACUGUUUACCACCUCCGGCCAUCAGAUGGGGCAUACUGAAAAUCAGCAUUAAACAUACUUCAUAUUGAUGAUAAACAGCGCAGUAUAGUGUUUGAAUUAUGGUCGGAUCAUAACGGGAAUGGACAAGGAAAAUAAUUGAAUCAAAAUUCUGUAUCAUUUGGGUCAAAGAGGAUUAAUGUGGUCGAAUAAUAGGGAAACAAUUCAAGGGAACUACAGUAUGAAACAGUCAAGGUGGAAUUAAAGGGUAUCAAAUUGUCACUAAGUUGUGCAAUUUUGCAUCUUCAUGUGAAAAAUAACUUCACUCAAAGAUUGAUGAAUGCUGUAUUCAGUCUACCUUAAUCACUUCAGAAGCCAAGCUUGUUUACUUUGAUAGUUAAUAAUCUAUAAACUGCCAAUAUCUUGUUUCACACGAAAUAUAUGGGACUUUUGAAUGGUUUUCUUUUCACAAUGUGAGCAGUCGGAAGGCACGGGCAAUCAACCAACCUUCAAGAAAUAUGACAAAGUCAACACAGAGGCAUACUUGCAUUCUACAUUUCCUUGAUGUUUAAUCAUUUUGCCAAAGACAAAAAAAAUCAUCAAUUGUAAAUAUCACGUGUCCAUAUAUGAAAAACAAACUUUCCUUGAACCUACCAUAAAGUUUCUGUGAUGUAUUGUCUUCCAGUUGCAAUAAAAAACAAAUUGCAUCAAUUGAAAAA